GCACACAGGCUCCGCCCACUCACCACACGACCAGUCAGGUAACACAGAAACCUGCUGAGACAGCUGAUCCCACUUCCAACCUGUUAUUGGAUGAGUCAACACGCCAUUAGCGUGUUGUUAGCGUGUUGUCAGAGCUGUGAUUAGUGGGCUGAUGUCAUGAUGUCAUAGCAGAGACCGUCUCGCUCAGGCUGAUUAGAGGGCAGAGCACUGAGCCACGCCCAUCAUCUUCACCACCACCAUCAUCAUCCUCGUCUCCACCAACAUGUCCCUGAACUUCCUGCUGAAACUGGGUCACCUGAUCCUGCAUCAACCACCUGGUCAAACGUCUCCGAUUUCAGAGGAACGCGGUCUGAGCUCCAUCUCUGGAUCCACUCAGAACCACCUGACACCCCCACCCCAGGUAACACCUGUCUCACCUGCUGGAAUCAUUUGUUCUGCAGCAGAAUGUCCUGCUCCAUCUGCAGGUGAGGACAGGACAGGUUAGGACAGGACGGGUGAGGCCUGGACGGGUUAGGACAGGACAGGUUAGGACAGGACGGGUGAGGCCUGGAUGGGUUAGGACAGGACAGGUGAGGUCUGGACGAGUGAGGCCUCGACGGGUUAGGACAGGACAGGUUAGGACAGGACGGGUGAGGCCUGGAUGGGUUAGGACAGGACAGGUGAGGUCUGGACGAGUGAGGCCUCGACGGGUUAGGACAGGACAGGUGAGGCCUGGACGGGUUAGGACAGGACAGGUGAGGACAGGUUAGGACAGGACGGGUGAGGACAGGACAGGUGAGGCCUGGAUGGGUGAGGACAGGACAGGUGAGGUCUGGACAGGUGAGGCCUGGACGGGUUAGGACAGGACGGGUGAGGACAGGACGGGUUAGGAUAGGACAGGUGAGGACAGGACAGGUGAGGCCUGAACGGGUGAGGACAGGACAGGUGAGGCUUGGACGGGUGAGGACAGGACGGGUGAGGACAGGACAGGUGAGGUCUGGACAGGUGAGGCCUGGACGGGUUAGGACAGGACAGGUGAGGACAGGACAGGUGAGGCCUGGACGGGUGAGGACAGGACAGGUGAGGCUUGGACGGGUGAGGACAGGACAGGUGAGGUCUGGACAGGUGAGGCCUGGACGGGUGAGGACAGGACAGGUGAGGCUUGGACGGGUGAGGACAGGACGGGUGAGGCUUGGACGGGUGAGGACAGGACAGGUGAGGACAGGACGGGUGAGGACAGGACAGGUGAGGUCUGGACAGGUGAGGCCUGGACGGGUUAGGACAGGACGGGUGAGGACAGGACGGGUUAGGACAGGACAGGUGAGGCCUGGACGGGUGAGGACAGGACAGAUGAGGCCUGGACGGGUGAGGACAGGACAGGUGAGGACAGGACAGUGUCCUGCUGGAUAAAAACAGGUAGAUAUUAGGAAUCAUAUUCCAGCAGGUGACUUUCAUGCAGGUGAAGUUCAAACCAGGUGGAACAUCUCAACCAAAUCUAGAAAGUAGUUUGGCAUUUUAGUUUCCAUGGAAACGGCAGAAACAUUCAGGUUGUUGGUUUGCUUCCGGCUGUAAGAGCAAAGCUUGAGCUGUUCCUUACCUGACAGGUAGACACCACACCUGGAAUGAUUGUCAUCAGUCUGGAACAGAUCGUCCCACAUCUGAGAAAGUUCCCCGUUUUUACGAGGAGCCUUGGAGGACUGCACCUGAUUCAGAGUUCCGACCUGGAUCGGGUUUUUCCACUCAGUCAUGGCCUGAAGUAGACCUGCAAAAUAAUCCGGUUUUCAUGGUGAUCCUGAUUUUGGUGGCCACAAUUAAACGAACCUGAUCAUCAACGAUAUUUACAUAAAAAGUGCGUCUCUGAUCACACGCUCUACACUAGAAGUCCGCCAACCAGCAGGGGGCGCACGCGAGGCCAAGGCUUCAUGACGCCGCCUGAAGAGCGAGCACACGCUCAGUCGCAGCUCGUUGUAUGUGUGCGCUGCAUGUAGCCAGUUUUCAUUCACCUGUAGCGACACCCUUACGAGGCCUGGUCCAGACCCCUGCCCCGUCCAGAAGACCCAUACGAGGCCUGGUCCAGACCCCUCCCCCGUCCAGAAGACCCAUACGAGGCCUGGUCCAGACCCCUCCCCCGUCCAGAAGACCCAUACGAGGCCUGGUCCAGACCCCUGCCCCGUCCAGAAGACCCAUACGAGGCCUGGUCCAGACCCCUCCCCCGUCCAGAAGACCCAUACGAGGCCUGGUCCAGACCCCUCCCCCGUCCAGAAGACCCAUACGAGGCUUGGUCCAGACCCCUCCCCCGUCCAGAAGACCCAUACGAGGCCUGGUCCAGACCCCUCCCCCGUCCAGAAGACCCAUACGAGGCCUGGUCCAGACCCCUCCCCCGUCCAGAAGACCCAUACGAGCGUACAAACCUGCGCUGGCUUACCUUCAGUAAUGUCCUUUAAUCAAGAGUGUGGAC